UUCUCAGUAUUGUGAGGUUAAUUCAAAUUCAAACAAAUUAUGUGGUUUAAGGGUGUUCUUGUUGUGUUUAUCGUUUCUGUCGCCUUGUUUAAAUGUGUAGCUUCUCUUAAUUUUAGUAGCUUCCCUGCCGAUUUUCUAUUUGGUACAGCAUCUGCAGCUCAUCAGAUUGAAGGUGCCGCGCAUGAAGGUGGUAAGGGCCAAAGCAAUUGGGAUAAUUUCACAUAUAAAUACUCUGGUAAAAUUGUGGACCGCAGUACUGCAGAUAUUGCAACUGACUCAUACCAUCGAUACAAGGAAGAUGUUGGUUUGAUGAAGGAUAUUGGAUUUCAAGCCUACAGAUUUUCAGUUUCUUGGUCAAGAAUUUUGCCAAGUGGAAAAUUGAAGGAUGGAGUUAACCAAGAAGGCAUCACAUAUUACAACAAUCUCAUAAAUGAACUUCUAUCAAAUGACCUACAGCCCUUUAUAACAUUAUUCCACUGGGAAUUACCUCAAGCUCUUGAAGAUGAAUAUGGUGGUUUUCUGAGCCCAAAAAUUGUCGAAGAUUUUGCAGAUUUUGUAGAAGUAUGCUUUAGAGAAUUUGGUGACAGGGUUAAACACUGGAUUACUUUGAAUGAACCACUACCCGUUAGCCUUCAAGGUUAUGCAUACGGUAUGUUCCCACCUGCAAGAUGUUCAAAGUGGAUACGGCCAGAUUGUGAAGCAGGUGAUUCAAGUAGAGAGCCCUAUAUAGUUUCACACUACCAACUGCUUGCUCAUGCCGCCGCUGUGAAUGUUUAUAGGGACAAAUUCCAGAUUUCUCAAAAGGGUCAAAUUGGGAUAGCCUUAUGUUUUCCUUGGAUUAUGCCACUCUCACCAUCAAAGGCUGAUGUAGAUGCAGCAUCUCGUGCCUUUGCUUUUUUGGAUGAAUGGUACAUGGGCCCAUUGUACAAUGGUGAAUAUCCAGGUGUAAUGGUUGAGAAACUUGGAGAUCGUUUGCCAAAGUUUUCUAGUAGGGAAUCCGCCAUGAUCAAAGGGUCCUUCGAUUUCUUAGGAUUAAACUAUUACACUGCAACCUAUGUGGGCGAUAUUCCUUGCCAGCGUGAAAAUCUAACCUUUUUGGCAGACAUUUGCGCAUUGUUCAGUGCUACGCGAGAUGGGAUUCCCAUUGGUCCCCAGACUGCCACAGAUUGGUUGUAUACCUAUCCUCAAGGAAUACUAGACCUAUUAGAGUACACCCAAGAGAAGUAUGGUGAUCCAAUCAUUUACAUAACAGAAAAUGGGAUUAAUGAGCCGAAUGAUGGUACAAAGGCUCUAGACGACAACUUUAGGAUAGACUUUAUUGUUCAGCACCUUUCAUAUAUUGAAAAGGCCAUCAGGAAUGGUAUCAAGGUGAAAGGAUACUUUGUAUGGUCAUUAUUGGAUAAUUUCGAGUGGUCUUAUGGUUACACUGUUCGGUGGGGAAUUGUUCAUGUAGAUUUCAAGAAUAAUUUAAAAAGAUAUUGCAAACAAUCAGCUUUGUGGUUCAAAAGGUUUCUUCAUCAAUGAACAUUUGUAACUUGAACAAAGUUAUGGAGAAUAAAUAUUAGUCGCACUUUCACUAUUUACUUAUUGUUCUAUAUACAUUUUGUCUUUUCU